CUACUACCAAUCUGUUCUUCCGGACUGCGUUAGAGGCUUCUAAAACGUUUGCCGGGAGAAAGACGUCAUCGCUGACUGCCCAAGAUGUCGGGGAUUCUGAGCACGACGUUGAGCGGUCUCAGCAGCGACUCGUACUGCGAGAUUAGCCACUACCGGGACCAGCACUUCAAAGGGAGCCGCUAUCUGCAGGAGAAAGCUCUGAAGAACUCCUGCACGCUUUAUGUGGGCAACCUGUCCUUCUACACCACAGAGGAGCAAAUCCAUGAGCUUUUCUCCAAGUGUGGGGAUGUCAAGCGCAUUGUCAUGGGGUUGGACAAGGUGAAGAAAACCCCCUGUGGCUUUUGCUUUGUGGAAUACUACACAAGAGCGGAAGCUGAGCAUUCUAUGCGGUUCAUCAAUGGCACCCGGCUGGAUGACCGCAUCAUCCGAACAGACUGGGAUGCAGGGUUCAAGGAAGGGCGCCAGUUUGGCCGUGGAAGGACAGGUGGCCAGGUACGAGACGAAUAUCGGACAGACUAUGAUGUGGGCAGAGGUGGCUUUGGCAAGAUUAUUCAGAUGCAGAAGACGAAUCAACAGACUGUUAUCUAUUAAAAGCUUUUUGGAUUGAGGGGAUGGGUGGGUUGGGGAAAGGAGGAGACAAGGUGGGCAGGAUUCUCUUUGGCCUGUUGUGUGUACUUGUCCUCCAAGAGAGCAGAGGCAUCCCUGGAUGGAUGCACAGGAGCAUGGUGACAGAGUUCUGGGCAACCUGCAGCCUUAGGCCCCUUCUCUUAUGGUGACCCCUCUCCCCUUGCCCUCCACUCCAUUCUGGCUAACUCAGGUGGGACCUUCUGUGACUUCCAUGCCUCUUCUGCUGUAUCCAAGGACCCCAGGUGCUUGCUUGUUCCAGCUGGGGUAGGGUGGGAGAGAAGAACAUGGCCUGUGAAGUCUGGGUGCUUAUUUGGUCUGUUUUGCUUUUCCUGAGUCAUAACUAGAAUCCUGACUUAUUGGUGGCUGCUGGUGGUAUUUUCUUUCUUUUUUUAAAUAAAAGAGAACUAAAUAAACUGUGAAUCCUGUAA